AAAGUUCGGAAAAUAUUUCAUCAAACAGUUGUCAACGAAGUAGGAGUUUUUCAGAACGGCAUGUGAUUUAAUUGUUUUUGAAGAAAAUAUUAUUUCUAGUACCACAUGACUCUCAGAUCUAAAGUUAAUUUUAAAUAACUUUGAUUUGAACAUUCAUAAUUGGAUUUACUUUUGCAUAGGCUUUUAACAGUGCGAAGAUACUAUAGUUAUAUUUGAUGCAAAGAUUUUAUGACAUGUGUUAUAAAAAUAGUGUUAAAACUUCAUUUUUCUUACUUCUAUGAACAUCAGUCAAGAUCUAUAAAACUUGUAAUAGAUCAAUUGUAAUUAAGACUGAAUAUCUAACGGACAAAAUCGCAAACGACACGUGCAAAGCGUGCACGAGGCUAUGCAACUAGAAAUGGACUGCCAUGAAGACGGUUACACGUCCGAAUCUUCCUCGCACAUGGAUUUAUACCCACCACCAUCCCCGCCUAGAGGACUUCCGUUUGGUUUAAUAAAGACCGACGACGAUAUUUGCUUCGGCUGCGGUUUACACAUUACCGACAGAUUUAUCCUCAAGGUCAAUGACCAAUCUUGGCACGUGGCUUGUCUUCGAUGCUGCGUCUGUCAGACGGCCCUAGACCGUCAGAACACGUGCUUUAUCCGGGAAGAUAACAUUUACUGUAGACUGGAUUACGCGAGGUCAGGGAGUUCGGCGCAAAAAUGUUCGAAAUGUUUCCGUUCUAUACAACCUACAGAUUGGGUGAGACGUGCACGUGAUCAUGUAUACCAUCUCGCGUGCUUUGCCUGUGACUCGUGCAAACGCCAGUUAUCAACGGGAGAAGAAUUUGCCCUCCAUGGGAACAAAGUGUUGUGUAAACCGCAUUACCUUGAUGUCUUAGAAGGCGGAAGUCACAAAGAUUCUGACUCAUCACAAAAGACCAAAACAAAGCGAGUGCGGACAACUUUUACAGAAGAACAAAUCCAAGUUCUACAGGCCAAUUUUCAGCUGGAUUCGAACCCGGAUGGUCAAGAUCUAGAAAGGAUAGCACAGAUCACCGGUCUCAGUAAGCGCGUGACACAAGUCUGGUUCCAAAACUCACGUGCGCGUCAAAAGAAGCAACAACAACAACAUAAUGGAAGCCAUUCUAGUCCUGGAUCCUUGUCGUCACAGAAAAUGGAGCUAGAAGUUGAGUGUCACUGGGGAAAUACAUCGGACAGCCAGGACAGCAACAAUGUCUCGUUUUCAGACUGAGCAUGCGCAGAUCUAGUUUUUUUUAAAAAUUUAAAACGGCGCAAAAAAGAGCAAUACCUAAAGGGCGACGAAAGGACGAAAACUGGUAUGGACGAUUUUUAAGUCAUGUGCGGGUUGUCGAAGAAAAAAAACUGCAAUACUAUAAUAUUCUGCAAUAAUUAUACGAAGAGAUAUCGGGUCACAUGACUUCGUGACGUCAUCAUUUUAUGUUUAAGGACAAAUUUAGUGAAAUUGUGCGCAUAAAACAUAAUAUAUAUGUGUCAUAGUUAAAACGCUGAAUACUUGCACAAGUGAAUGUUGACUUUGCAAAUCGCAAUGUUUUGAUUUUAUUAUCUUUUUAAACUAAGCUCUAUCCAAGUUUUACAGCAUACUGUAGCGGAGCGUUAGCAUGGAAUUUUCGUGACAACAAAACUUAUGAAAGCUUGUACAUAAAGAUUCAUUUAUAUCAAAAUGAUAACGUACAUUUUACUUACAUUGAACGAGAUUUCAUCACGCCACGUGACAACCAGACGAUAUUUUCAUCAUUGACUUUGUUUAACAAACAAACAUGUGUAUUUUCAAUAUUUAUUAGUUCUGGUAAAGUAUGUUUUACCGCAUGGCUUUUUACUAAAUGAAGGAGAUUAUCAAAUAUUUGAAAUAGAUCAUUGCCGAAAAGGACAAAAUUAGUAAAAACAUUUGCGAUCAUGAUGAUUGUGUUUUUGCUUUUUGUAAGAUGGAAUAAUAUCAUAAAACAUUAUUUUACACUCACGUGUUAUCACACGUGUAUACACAUUUAUGUACACGACCUUAUAUGUGAACUAUGAACAGUACAUAAUGUAAUAUGUGUUAUACAAUAUAGUUAUAUAUGAGUAACAUAUUUUGUUUAUUGUUGAAAUUGUGUGCAGUGUUAUUGUAUUAAAAUAUUU